AUGGCCAUCACUUGUUGCUUCUCUGACAAACCAAUCAAUGCAUGGGAUAAAGGAGAUUGGUUAUUUGCUUUCAUUUUGCUCAUGUCUGUCAUUUGUCCACCACUGACAGUUUGUUACUGCUUCUUUUGCAUUCCACUCAAUAAGAAGAGAAUUCACGAGGUUAUGGAAGAUCCUAGCAGGAGUUUAUGGUGUUCACCUGAAACUAAUCCUGCACUUCAUAUAUUCUUGAGCUUUUUAUUCACAUUACUGUUUUGGUUGCCUGGUGUUUUUCAUGCUUGGUAUGUCAUCUUUGCAGUUUCAGUUGCUGUACAUGGUAAAUAA